CAAUUUCCUGCUGGCUGUCCGCCUCACAGCGAGAUGUGCUGAAGGGGAAGACGGGGUUAUCUGAGCUAAAGCUGCUUGGCAUGCUGUGGACUUGAGUGGAGGAGUGAUUUUUAACUUUAUUUUUUAAGGGAGUAACGAAUGUCGAUACCGUGGUGAAAUGACUAACAGGAUGGAGGGUUCGGCGGCACCAGGGGCCAAGGUGAACGGACCCAUUGCAGCGCCUAGCAACCCAACAAGCUCCAACAUUGGCCCACCAUUGUCCCCAGAAGAUUUGGACGAUGGGCCUCAGUCUUCUCUUACUGACGUCACCCAAAUGUGGAUUCAAUUCGGCAAGACUUUUGCCAUCAUCUUCCCCAUCUACGUCUUGGGAUACUUUGAGUUCAGCUUUAGUUGGGUUCUGAUUGGACUGGCCAUGUUGUUCUAUUGGAAGAAAAACCAUGGCACUAAGGACUACAGGAUAAACCGUGCCUUAGCAUACCUGGACCAUGAGGAUAAAGUAGUGAAGCAGAGUGUGCCUACUUCGGAUCUACCACCAUGGGUCCAUUAUCCAGAUGUGGAGAGAGUGGAGUGGCUGAAUAAGACGGUGAAGCAGAUGUGGCCGUUCAUCUGCCAGUUUGUGGACAAGCUGUUCAGAGAGACAAUCGAGCCGGCAGUGCAGGCCGCCAACCCCCACCUCAGCUCCUUCUGCUUCUCCAAGAUCGACAUGGGCGACAAGCCGCUGAGAGUUAACGGAGUGAAGGUUUACACGGAGAAUGUGGACAAGAGGCAGGUCAUCAUGGACCUGCAGAUCAGUUUUGUGGGGAAUACAGCGAUAGACGUGGACAUCAAGAAGUACUACUGCAGAGCGGGAAUCAAGAGUAUUCAGCUCCACGGGACUCUGAGAGUGGUGAUGGAGCCUCUGCUGGGAGACAUGCCUCUGAUCGGAGCGCUGUCCGUGUUCUUCCUCAAGAAACCAUUGCUGGACAUCAAUUGGACAGGACUCACAAACAUGCUGGAUAUUCCUGGAGUCAGUGGGUUGUGUGAUAACAUCAUCCAGGACGUCAUCUACAGCUUCCUGGUUCUUCCCAACCGGAUCACCAUUCCUCUGGUGGGAGAGGCCCAGCUGGCCCAGCUCCGCUUCCCUGUUCCCCAGGGCAUCCUGAGGAUCCACUUCAUCGAGGCGCAGGACCUGUUGGGUAAAGAUAAGUUCUUGGGCGGGCUGAUCAAAGGGAAGUCCGACCCGUACGGUGUCAUCAAGGUGGGGACGCAUCUCUUCCAGAGCAAAGUCAUCCACGAGACCGUCAACCCCAAGUGGAACGAAGUGUACGAGGCCUUGAUCUACGAACACGCUGGACCAAACAGGCUGGAGAUUGAGCUGUUUGAUGAAGACACGGAUAAAGACGACUACCUGGGGAGUCUGGUGAUCGACGUGACCGAGCUGCAGAAGGAGCAGAAGGUUGACGAGUGGUUUGUAGUAGAAGACGUGGCUACGGGGAAGCUGCACCUCAAGCUGGAGUGGUUAUCUCUGCUGCCCUCACCUGAGAAGCUGGACCAGGCGCUGACGAAAAUCAAAGCCGACCGCGGUCAGGCGAACGACGGCCUCUCGUCGGCGCUGCUCGUCGUCUUCCUGGAUUCAGCCAGAAACCUGCCGCGCAAUCCGUUAGAGUUCAACCAGUCGGGGCUGAGGAAGACCUCGGUCAGUAAAGCCCUGAAGUCCGGGAAAAAGGUGACCAGCGAUCCCAAUCCAUUCGUCCAGUUCAGAGUGGGACACAAGUCCUACGAGAGCAAGACCAGAUAUAAGACCAAUGAGCCGGUGUGGGAGGAGGCCUUCACCUUCCUCAUCCACAACCCCCGGAGCCAGGAGCUGGAGGUCGAGGUGAAGGACGAGAAGCACGAGUGCACGUUGGGCGUGUUGACGCUGCCGCUGACCCGCCUGCUGGAGGCCGAGGACAUGACGCUGAAUCAGCGCUUCCCCCUGAAGAACUCCAGCCCCAGCUGCACCCUCAAGAUGAAGAUGGCUCUGCGGGUGCUGUGCUUUGAAAAAAAACCUUCCUCCUCCACCUCCUCCUCUGACUCCACCCCGUCCUCGGUGCAGGUCAACAAGAACAAGAAGACCAACCUUAACCCUCAACCUGCCGCCGCUUCCUCCUCCUCCGACUCCCCCGUUCCUCCUCCCUCCAACUCCACCUCCACCUCCGACAUCCCACGCUCCUCCUCGGUGUCGGCGCAGGAUGUCCUGAACCGACGGAGGGAGGCCAACGAUCCCUACCGGUCUGCAGGGAGCACUGAUCUGGGGCGAGGAGGAGGGGUAGGAGGAGGUCUGGCUCAGAGCGGGAGGAGCUCCUCUAACCUGGCCAUCUCCGGGUCGCAGCUGUACCUGGCGGGAGGGAAGGAGCCCACGCCGAGCAUCGCCUCCGACAUCUCCAACCCCUACGCUGCUCAGGAGCUGCAGCAGAGACUCGCACAGCUGCAGAAUGGCUCGGGCCCCGGUCACUUCCCUCUGGGUGAAAUCCAGCUGACCAUCAGACACUCCUCCCAGAGGAACAAACUCAUCGUGGUGGUGCACGGCUGCAGGAACCUGAUCGCCUUCACGGACCACGGCUCGGAUCCCUACGUGCGCCUCUACCUGCUGCCCGACAAACGGAGGUCAGGGAGGAGGAAAACUCACACCUUCAAGAAAUCCCUCAACCCCGUUUACGACCAGACGUUCGAGUUCAGUGUUUCCCUGGUGGAGCUCCACAGACGGACUCUGGACGUUGCAGUGAAGAACGGUGGAGGGCUGCUCUCCAAACACAAAGGCCUUCUGGGAAAGGUUCUGGUGGAUCUGACGUACGAGGACACGUCUAAGGGUUGGACCCAAUGGUUUGAGCUGAGUGAAGAUGGUCAGUCAAAGCAUCAGCAACUAUAGAGCGACACAACCAUCACCAUCAUCCUCAUCCUCCCUCCUCCUCCUCCUCCUCCUCAUACAGUACAGUCUACAGAUGGUCUUUAUUGUGUUUAUUUUGUGUACACACGUAAAGAAAAAGCAGCUUUUAUCCAUUUAACCACAUCAGUCGCAAGGCAGACCUCCCCUUUAAGAAGAGACAGGCUUCAAAGGGAGUAUUCCACGUGUACAAUAUUAAAUAUAUCAUCGCGUACCGCUGUGGAAAAUAUAUUCCAUAUUUAACGGAGAAUAUAUAUAUCGGCUGUAGAGGAAGACAAUCUAUUUUUUUGCAGUAAAAGAUGUACAAGUUUGUAAAUAUAAACGAUGAUGCUGGACUAAAGAGGCGGCGUGUUUUAGAGGAGAUUCAGGCCGAAUGAGUGUUUGUCCUUUAGUUGAUUUUUUUAUAAUUGAAAGACAUUCUAGACGCCACCAAAGAGACGAGACGUAUUUUUAAAUUCUCCUCCCUCGUUUGCUUUCCUCUGGUUUUUAUUCCACUUUAAUAACACGUGUUGAACAUCUUUAAAAAGAACUAUAAGUACAUAAAUCGUGUGUUAAUCCUCCUGCUUUUUUAUCUGUUAAUACACCUGUUGUGAUUCUAAAAUAAGGCCUUUGUUAUUGUUUUUAAAACUGAAUAUUUUGCACAUCCGGGAUCAUGUUCACUCUGAGUUGCAAUUCAAUCACUGCCUGUUUUCCUCUGAAAAAAGUCAGUUUUAGCGAGUAGUUCUUAUGUCAAAGUAAGAGUAUUUAUAAUAAAAAAAGGCACAAUCAAAGAGUCAUGUAUUGAAAUACUAUAAAUCACAUUUUACAGAAGUAGAAUCGCCUUCCUAUUUAGAGUGAUAUGAGAAAUACUGUUUUUGUCUGUUAAAUAUUAAGUUAUGAGUAAAAAAGGACAGAUUUAUCAGUAUCUCUUAUUUGUUGAAUCCAUUAAAUUGUGUUUCAAAUAUAUAAGUUUGUGAGGUUUUAUAUUUAACAGACAAAAAAAGUAGUUUUAUCCAAUUAUUUGUAAUAAAUAAGCAUUUUUAUCCAAAUAUUCCUACAUUAAAUGUAUUUAAAAUGAUGUAAUAAAAUGAUAACUCAUAUUUCCUUCAUUUAUCUAAAGCCACUAUGUAUGUGCAGUUGAAUAAAGACAACAAUGACAAGCGUAAUAAUAUUUACACAUUUAUAGUUUUGUCAUAUUUACCACUUCUCGAUUAAUGUGUCACUUCCUGUCAGUUUUCCAAAAUAAAAGAACUCUCGAGCUUUCUGUUUAUUUGCAAUCUUUUAUUUUGAAAGUACAGGAAUAACCCGGUGACUAAGGACAGUGUUUGUGAUGAAAGAUAAAGAAGUGCUUACGAGUUUCUAUUUGAGUCUGAGCUGCCAGUAUUUCCUCAUACGGAUACAUUAACACACCUGCACAAAACAGUCCAGGACUUCAACUUAUUAGGACACUUUUUUAAAGGUUUCAUUUCCGAAAAAAAUCUACUUUAAGUGGCUAUAAAAAAAUAAUAAAUUGAAGGAAAUGACAAUAGAAAAUGACACUUCAACAGUUUACUCUAAAAUAUAAACCACAAAAGUUCUCAGUAAAAAGCUUUUUUUUGCACCUUAUUUUAAAGCGUUUUAACAAACAGGGACAUUUACAAACUCACGAUAAAUGAUCUCCAACAAAGAAAAUCUAAUUCAAAACGUGAAAAAUACAUUUGAAUUAAAACAAAGAAACCAGAAAUAAUGACUUUAAGAACAGAAAGUACAAAAAUGACACUUCCGUAUGAAAGUAAAUAAAAUACAUGAAUUGGUAACAAAAAACUACAGAGUGGCUUUAAAGAUGAAACAGAGUUGGAAUAAGAUGACACCAACAAAACAUUCUGGAAAAUAACAAAUAAUUACAAAAAAAUCUACAAAAAGUGACUUUAAGAAUUCAGAAAAUUGAAUGAAUUGAGAUCUCCUAAAAUUAGAAAUAAGGUCUUAAAAAUGUGCCUUUUUUUUGUUUAUAGAAAUGUUUUGCUUCUUAAAAAUAUAAAAUAACUACAAAUAGUUGCUUUAAAAUCAGGAAAUCUGAAUGCAUUUACAUCUAAAUUCAGAAAAGUCGAAGAAAUGUGCUUUUUUUGUUUGUGUCAGUCAGGGUUCAUACCACGAUAAGUUCCACUAUAAUCGAGUUUUCCACAUUUUGUGUUUGAAUCAACAGAAGUCUUAACGUGUCAAUAAUUCGUGUCUUUUUCAGCACAUUAUUAAGUCUUGAAAAUGUUGAAAUUCACACUUUUUAUUUUGUGUACAUACAUUUAUUUCCACACAUCAUGUUAGAGACUGCUCUGCUUUCACAGCACUUUCUCAAAAGGGAUUUAUAUCUAACUACAUAAAGCUUGGUAUUUAAAACAAUAAAUAACAUCGCUUUUAUUUUCAAAUAGUCUUUUGUCAUCAUGAAAGUAUUUUACGCACAUGUAUGUACGCUUUACACACAUGUAUGUACGCUCUGCCAUUCUUUGUUGUGUGUUUGAAUGUUUAUUAUGUAGCUGUCAUUCAUUCUGUUUGAUUUUGAAAGAGUCAAACUGUUCUCUCUGUUGGAUGCGAGAGCUUCUCUGAACGGCCGUUUUGUUUUUCUCCGUCUUCUUAAUUUAUCUUGUGCCUUAAGAAAUAUUCACGUGUAUAAAAAACAAAGAGGACGCUUCAACGGUUUUUGCUCAUGUGUCACAAUGUCUCCUAAAUGUCUUUUCAAAACAAAUAAAGAGCUUUAGCUGGCUAUAGCGGCAUGAAGCUGUGCAGCAC